AACCUCAGAUCCCCAGAUAUCGCGAAGCCAUGUCAUCGACGUCGACGCCAUUUAAGGGCAACCUCAAGGGAAAGAGGAAGCAGGACCUCGUCGAGAUUGCAUCCACUCUCGGCAUUACCGUGGAUGACGGAACCAAGCGCGACGACUUGGAGGCCAUCGUUCGCGAGCACUUGAUUGCCAACCGAUCGCGAUUCGAGAGGCGUGGACAGAUGGAGGGACUCUACACUGCUCUGGACCGCGAGGGCAGGCGUGCCGCGCGCGUCUCCAGCAACGGAGGGGCGGCUGAAUCCGAGUCGGAGGGCUCCCCCGUCACGCCCGCCAAGACGCCCCGCAAGCACACGCACCGCACCCCUUCAUCCGCCUCGGCCAUUGCUAACGGCAUCGCUCAACCUGCCGCCGUCGCGGAGGAGGCCAUCGUCAACGCGACGCACACCUUUGGCUCGCAACUCAAGGCCCGCACGCAACGCUCUCUCGAUAAUCUGGCCAACGCGUUUAAGAGCUCGGGCAACGAGGUCCAAAACGAGGUGCAGCACGCCCGAUCCUUUGCCCAGAAGAACGUGCGUCGUUGGGAUCGUCGCUUGCACGCUGUGGUCAACGCCAAUUGGAGUCGCGCCCAGCAUGCUGCUUCGGACGCUGGCAACCUGGUGCGCUUGCUCAUCGCCAUCGAGGCCGUGGUCCUCGUGCUGAGCGUCCUGCCCACCCAUUACAUCCGUCUGGGCGAGUCUCGCGCCGAGUCGUUCCUCCGCCACGGUCGCAUCGACGCUGGCGUUGUCCCCCACUGGGCCAUCACCAUCCCCGAUGUACGCGGCAUCAUCUCGCUCAACUUCUGGCAGCCCAUUCUCCUCUGGACCAUCUGGCUCGUUGCCCUUCCCUCCGCAGCAGCCCACCUCGUCACGUUCCAGCGCGGCAGGCAGCCCUCUGCUGUAACCUUUACCUUUGUGCGUCUUGCGCUACUCUCCUUCCUCAAGUCUUCGGCCCAUGGUCUGGAAAAGCUGCCCAGCACCCUCGGAGUUGCGGCUGGCCAGCCUGGUGGGCAAACGCUCUCCUCGAUGCUGGGCAACGCUGCAGCCGGCUCCGACUUUGUCUCCAGUGCUGCCUCGACGCUCUCCUACUCUCGCUGGGUGCCCCUCGACGCCAAUGUUCAGCUCCUCGGUACCGCCCUCGUAGCUGGCUUGGCCGUCUACGAGUUGAUCGGGCCUGCGACCCGCGCCAGGGCUUAAAUCGCUGUGGUUCCGUGAGUGCUCGGUCUCUC